AAUUUUCUGAUCUUUUCUCAUUAAGCACAGAUUUUCAUAGGGUAACGAAAGCUCUUUUUUUCCUUGUGGUGCUGCAUGGGAUUAAAGGGAUUAAAUGUUUGACAUCACUCUUUUGUCUGUGCAAGAGCUCCACUGAAGAGUACAGUGAGUGGGUGUUAAAACACUGGACUAAGAACACACCCAGAGACAAUGAAAGAAUGGAUGAAAAUGGGAAUAAGUUAAAUAUAUUGUUUUGCUUAAUAGAUUCCUAAAGGGAAAACUGCAGCAUCUGGAUAACAAUACCAUAAGAUGUGGUAUGAUGUGGAUUUUAAAGAUUUAUAAAAUUUCAAGAAUAAGUGGAUACUUCGAAGAAGAAUGAAAACUGGGAUGUUUUUACCUCUCCUAUAUUGCAGUGCCUCAUAUUAUUUGCAUCCUCUUCAUCGUAUGUUGUUUCUUAAUAACUGGAGAAUGAAAGCUUACUAAUGUGGGCUGAUUGAAUCGGUUUUACUCCUGUGACUUGAAGACAUGAUCCUUGCAAUAAAACUGUUGCUCCUCACCUGUAUAUGGCCUACUUCUCUUUUAAUAAGUCACAGUGAUCAUCAUCAUCAUUACCACCAUCACCAUCCUCAAAGGUCAUUCAUGAAAAGACAUAACAGCAAACGAGAAAUUAAGAUGAGGAAAAUUGACAGCACUAAAGUACGGCCCAUGAAAUCUGAGCAGCUUCUCCGUAUAGAGGACCAUGAUUUUGCAAUGAGACCUGGCUUUGGAGGGUCACCAAUACCAGUGGGCAUUGAUGUGCAAGUGGAAAGUAUUGACAGCAUUUCAGAAGUUGACAUGGACUUCACAAUGACUUUAUACCUCAGACAUUACUGGAAAGAUGAGAGGCUGUCAUUUCCUAGUACCAGAAACAGAAGCAUGACUUUUGAUGGAAGACUAAUAAAAAAGAUCUGGGUACCUGAUAUAUUUUUUGUCCACUCCAAAAGAUCUUUCAUCCAUGACACAACUAUGGAGAAUGUUAUGUUACGUGUCUACCCAGAUGGAAAUGUGCUCUUUAGCUUACGAAUAACAGUUUCUGCCAUGUGCUUCAUGGACUUCAGUAGGUUCCCACUUGACACUCAGAACUGCUCUCUAGAACUGGAAAGCUAUGCCUACAAUGAAGAAGACUUGAUGCUGUAUUGGAAGCACGGCAAUGAAUCUCUUAGCACAGAUGAGCACAUUUCCCUUUCCCAGUUCUUCAUUGAAGAAUUCAGUGCUUCUAGUGGGCUAGCAUUCUAUAGCAGUACAGGUUGGUACAACAGACUCUUCAUAAACUUUGCCCUGAGGAGACAUAUUUUCUUUUUUGUACUACAAUCCUAUUUCCCAUCUAUGCUGAUGGUGAUGCUGUCAUGGGUCUCAUUUUGGAUCGACCGAAGAGCUGUUCCUGCAAGGGUAUCACUAGGUAUAACUACUGUGCUGACAAUGUCAACCAUAAUCACAGGAGUAAGUGCCUCAAUGCCUCAGGUGUCUUAUAUCAAAGCCGUGGAUGUAUACUUAUGGAUCAGCUUUCUCUUUGUCUUCCUGUCUGUCAUUGAAUAUGCAGCUGUAAAUUAUCUCACAACAGUGGAAGAAAGAAAACAGCUGAAAAGGAGAGGAAAGGCUGCUGGAUUGUAUAAUAUUGAUGCAGUGCAAGCAAUGGCCUUUGAUGGCUGCUAUCACGACACAGACACCACUGACAUUGACCUGACCACCUUUUCAGUCCCUUCUGAAGAAAGUUCGACACGAGGGCAAGCUCCCAGCACCCCAACUCUAGAUGCAGCUCGCAUCAAGAGGAAGAGAUCCUUGAAAGGGAAUGUGGGCAGGAUUAUUUUGCAGAACAAUCAUGCCAUUGACACAUACUCCAGGGUUAUAUUUCCUACUGUAUAUAUUGUAUUCAACUUUUUUUACUGGGGUUUGUAUAUAUGAAUUAUAACUGAUAAAUUUUUCAUACGAGCACACCAGAAAUGCAUAGUAAAAUACACAUUCCAUGAUCUGUGUAAGA